AUGGCUUUAAUGUACCUAUCGAUAAAACAUAAGCGGUUUAUAGGGGCUCAAGAAGAGUUCAACAAAUUCUAUUCAAAAUGGUUGCUCAAAAGAUCACCUGUCCGAGUCGGAGCGACGAUAUCGGAAAUAAGUACAACACAAACAACAACAGAUAUGGUUUUUUCGCAAACGAGUCUCCAGACUCGCAGUAUUUUGAAAGUGGUAGAUAUAGAUCUUUUAAAGGCAGAAAAGAGUCAACAGGUGAACGGUUCAACCGGAGUGGUUACACACAGAAAUACAGUAUCGGAGCCGUCAUCGCCCGAGGCAGCGACCAGCUAUCCCGAGGAAUUUCCAAAACCGGAGCCCGAAUUACCGAGUACAAUGUUUCACGAAUCGGACUGCGAGUUCUUCCAAGAUCUGGUUCAGUGGUGCGCCGCUCCCGCCGAGGAUGUAGUAGUACAGUCCAUUGACUCUCCAAAACACGCUGAAAACAGGGCACUUACCACUGACACACUGCACACACCUAUCUCGCCGCAAGGCUGGGAUGUAUUUGACGCUAAUUCUCCGUCUACGCCGGCAAAUUUUUACUAUUCCAUGUCGAACCCGGUUUCUCCAUCUGUAGAUGGGCUGGCGAAGUACAGUAAUGACUUAUGGCCUCAGCAGAACGACAAAGUUCCGUUUACAGAAGAAUUUUUAGAUAUAAGCAAUUUGCCAGUCGUAAUAGGGGAAUCAGCGUCAAGCAAAAAGGCCGAUAUGAAACCGUGGCAAGUCACAGAGCCUAUCGGCUGGCUAACAUCAGAUACUGAUUACACAAAACCAAAUACAAACACACACCCCACCUUGCCCUUCAUUGCAGAGGAGUCUUCGGACAUUAAACUAGUUUCGGUUAUACCGCGGGAGGUGGAGAACAAUGAUGUAGUUAUAUCGGAGUACAUAAUAAAUGACUACCAAGAUUCCAAGGAAAUGGGGAAGAUUCCAACAGAGACAAUGUCUAAACGCCGAGGUCGCGGCUUGUCUAUAGACGUGGCAGCCUGUGCCCCAAAAUGGCCCGUCGACAUUAUUAGUACGCCAGAAGUUCUAAACUACGUCGAGCAGUUGGAGGAAGAGAAAUGCUCACAUGCAAGUUCGACGCCAGCACCGGAAUGGCCCGCACAGGAGUCUUCUGUUGACAGCGUUUCCAAGACCGAGUCUUCACCGCCGAUGGAAUACGAUCCAAUCACACCAAAGACGGAAUCGCACGUGGAGUCGGACAACGAUGACACAAAAUCGUAUUCAAGCAAAAAAAGACGUCGUGAUAGUGAAGAUUCAGAUGAAACAUACACGCCGUAUACCGAACAUUCACCUCGGAAAUACAGGAGGAGGAAGCCCGACAUUCCUAUUAAGGAUAUGAUUCGCGCUUUGGAAGGCUCACAGCAGCUUAAACCCACGCGAAGAGGUCGCCCACCGAAAAGAAGAGAGAGCACAGUCUCCUCUGUCUGUAGUAUGGACGACAGCUCCUCAGUAUCCACACACGAACUAAGAUACAGAGAAUUGAGAGACAAAAACAACGAAGCAUCAAAAAGAUCAAGGAUGAACAGGAAACUAAAAGAAUUGCAAAUGGAGCAACUGGCCAUCGAGUUAGAAGAGCGAAACAAAAAAUUGAGAAUACGGGCCGAGAUCUUGGAAGAUACGACGAAGAAGCUCCGAGAGGCUUUCAUGUCGGCAGUGUCGCAGAAAAGGCUCAACAGCUAA